UGUGUGCUUUUAUUGUUUCCAUCACUCUCUUUUCUAGUCACUAUUUCUUAUUUUUUCUUCCCACAGAAAAAUAAGAAAAAAUGCCACAGAGUGAAGGUUCCUUUGGAAGCUCCAUGCAUGGAAUAACCGGCAGAGAACAAACCUUUGCCUUAUCAGUCGAAUCGCCGGCUGUCCCCACUGAUACAACUGCUAAAUUUGCUUUACCAGUUGAUUCUGAACACAGGGCCAAAGUUUUCAAACCUCUUUCCUUUGCUAAACCUCACAUGAGAACCUUCCACCUAGCUUGGGUUUCGUUUUUCACUUGUUUUAUCUCCACCUUCGCCGCCGCUCCCUUGGUUCCAAUCAUCCGUGAUAACCUCAAUUUAACAAAAACUGAUGUUGGUAAUGCCGGGGUUGCUUCUGUUUCCGGAAGUAUAUUCUCUAGGCUUGUAAUGGGUGCAGUUUGUGACCUUAUAGGGGCAAGAUACGGCACUGCCUUUCUUUUAUUGCUAUCCGCCCCAACAGUCUUUUGCAUGUCAUUUGUGGCGGACGCACAGGGAUAUUUAGCCGCCCGAUUUAUGAUCGGAUUCUGUUUAGCAACGUUUGUAUCUUGCCAAUAUUGGACGACAAUAAUGUUCAAUGGUAAAAUACUUGGACUUGUUAAUGGAUGUGCAGGCGGGUGGGGUGAUAUGGGUGGUGGAGUUACCCAACUUUUGAUGCCUCUUGUUUUUCACAUUAUCAAACUAGCCGGUGCCACGCCCUUCACCGCCUGGAGGAUUGCGUUUUUUAUUCCUGGAUGGCUUCAUGUCAUUACGGGAAUUUUGGUCCUAACAUUAGGCCAAGACUUGCCAGAUGGAAACCUUGGUGCCCUACAAAAGAAGGGGGAAGUUAAGAAAGAUAAAUUCUCCAAGGUUUUCCUAUAUGCCAUCAGAAAUUACAGAACUUGGGUCUUCUUUCUUCUUUAUGGCUUCUCCAUGGGUAUUGAAUUGACCACCAACAAUGUCAUUGCAGGAUAUAUGUUUGACAGGUUCAAUCUUAAGCUCCACACCGCCGGAACCAUAGCUGCAACCUUCGGCAUGGCGAACUUCUUCGCUCGUCCCUUCGGUGGUUACGCUUCCGAUGUGGCGGCUAGACUCUUCGGCAUGCGUGGCAGGCUAUGGGUCCUCUGGAUAUUCCAAACUCUAGGAGGCGUCUUCUGUAUAUGGCUCGGUCGAGCCAAUUCACUCCCCAUUGCAGUAGUGGCAAUGGUCCUCUUCUCUCUCGGGACUCAAGCCGCUUGCGGUGCAACUUUUGGGAUAGUCCCAUUUGUUUCACGCCGAUCAUUGGGUUUGAUAUCAGGCCUAACCGGAGCCGGAGGGAACUUCGGGUCCGGAUUGACCCAGUUGGCGUUUUUCUCGAGCCCAAGAUUCAGCACGGGAACAGGAAUCUCUUGGAUGGGGGUAAUGACUGUGGCCUGUACUCUUCCUGUUGUUCUUAUCCACUUUCCGCAGUGGGGGAGCAUGUUUCUUCCACCAUCAGAAGACCCUGAGAAAUCUAGAGAGGAAUAUUAUUACACUUCGGAAUGGACUGAAGAGGAGAAGCGUCAAGGUUUGCAUGAAGGAAGCCUCAAGUUUGCGGAGAACAGUAAAUCAGAACGUGGUAAUAAACGCGAUGUCGUUUCGGUUCCAACCCCACCAAAUUCUACACCAAUCCAUGUUUAGGUCACAAUAUUAAACGUUAACUAGCAUGAUACUUCACCGCAUAGAGUGAGUUGAAGUUGAACUAGCUAUCUAGAAUAAGUGAAAAAUGGUUGUACAGUCAUGUGUGGGAGUGUGUUUCAGUAAAUUUUUUUUUUUCCUAAAUACUUAUUUAUUGCAAUCUAAAAUUUUAGAUA